UAAAGUAAGAAAGAAGAGCUGAAAGUGUGGCGGACAGUUCGGUCACAUUUACGCAGAAAUCUGUCCCGAUAGAACCUGAACUACUGACCACAUCUGAGUUUUCCGUUACCGGCCAUCUUCCUCCGUGGUUGUGUUAUUAUAUGUGAUAUUUCAGCUGGAGUUUAUGAGGACAGCGCAUAAGUGAGUGACUGAGGCCUGGCAGUACAAACGCACUGCAGCCUGACUGGAGCAUAAGCACCCUGCAGCUCAUCUUUCUCACAGGGGCAGAACUGCAGAAAAAUACCCCUGCACUGAAAAAUGAUAAUUGAAAACCUCGAUGCCUUGAAGACAUGGCUCUCGAAUACUCUUGAACCCAUAUGUGAUGCCGAUCCUUCUGCACUUGCGAAAUAUGUGGUUGCCUUGGUGAAGAAAGACAAAUCCGAGAAGGAGUUGAAAGCACUAUGCAUUGACCAAUUGGAUGUAUUUCUCCAGAAAGAGACACAGACAUUUGUGGAUAAACUUUUUGAAUCUGUGAACGCAAAGAGUUACCUACCUCAACCCGAGCAGCCAGCUUCCACAAGCAGAAUUGAGACUAUCCAGCGCACAGAGAAGGAUGAAUCAAAGAGAGAAGAGCAGCCAAGCCGAGAUGAGGAAAGAGAAAAAAAAUUCCCCAGGAGAAUAAACCACAGUCCUCAGUCUAGCUCCAGAUAUGGCCGAGACACCAGGAGAGAUGACCGCAAGAAAGAUGACCGCUCCAGAAAGCGAGACUACGAUCGCAACCCACCCCGAAGAGACUCGUACAGAGAGCGCUACAACCGCAGGAGAGAACGCAGCCGCAGUUACAGUCGCAGUCGUAGUCGCAGCUGGAGUAAAGACCGCAACCGUGACCGGGACAGAGAGAGAGAUCGUGACAGAGAUAGAGAUCGCAGCCGAUCACGAACUCGCUCAAGGAGUCGUAGCAGAAGCAGAGAGCGAGAUUCUGGAAAGUCAAAGUACGACCACAGUCGUCCUGAGCGUCAGGAGGGGACUGCCGCCGAUGGCUUCAACCCCACACCUCUUACUCCUGGAAACUCCUCUGCUCAUUUCCCAGUGCCUGCCCUCAGUAGCACGAUCACUGUCAUCGCCCCCAGCCACCAUGGAAACAGCACCACAGAGAGCUGGUCGGAGUUCCCUCAGGAUCAGACGCCCUUCGGCAGAGGUGGCCCACCAAGGAAACGCUGCCGUGACUAUGAUGAGAAAGGCUUCUGUAUGCGAGGAGACAUGUGUCCUUUUGACCAUGGCAGUGACCCAGUGGUGGUGGAGGACGUUAAUCUUCCCAGCAUACUUCCUUUCCAGCCGCCACCACUUCCUGUGGUGGACGGGCCACCUCCGCCUGGCCUCCCACCUCCUCCCUCUCUCCUGAACCCACCAGUGAACCUCAGACCCCCUGUGCCCCCACCGGGCACCAUGCCUCCCAGCCUGCCCCCUGUUGCAGGUCCUCCUCCUCCUCUUCCUGCUCUGCAACCGUCUGGUAUGGACGGCCCUCCAAACUCCAUAACCAGCUCUGUGCCCACUAUAGUGACUUCAGGGAUCCGGCCUCCGAUCACUCAGCCCCCACCUUCCCUCUUCACAUCAGACUCUUUUGAGCCAGAUGUGUAUAAUCCCGAAGCUCCCAGCAUGAACUCGCGGCCCAUGUACAGACACCGGGUAAACGCUCAGCGGCCUAACCUUAUUGGUCUGACCAUGGGAGAAGUGGAUCUGCCCCCUAGAGAGAAAAUGUCAAACAGCAACAGUAUGCGGAUAGUUUUGGAAACAGACUCCAGGAAGAGAGGGGCUGGAAUGCAUGACAGAGUGAUUCCUGCAAAGAAACCCUGGUUUGACAAACCAAACUUCAACAAGCCCAACCAUCAUGGCUUUCAAAGAAAGGUUCCUUACUCUUUAGCAAACACCAAACUGGCCAUCAGACAGAUUCCACCUGAACUCAACAACAUCAGCAAACUCAACGAGCACUUCAGCAAGUUUGGCACCAUCGUCAACCUGCAGGUGGCAUAUAACAAUGACCCGGAGGGGGCGCUUAUCCAGUUUGCCUCCCCUGAAGAAGCGAAACGGGCUAUACAGAGCACUGAGGCUGUGCUGAAUAACCGGUUCAUCAAAGUACAUUGGCACAGAGAGGACACAACAGAUCACGCACAUCCCACACCACUUCCGAGUUUACAGGCCACCCAGGAGCCUCCAGUGACCACACUUAAACAGUCAGUCAAAGACCGGCUCGGACCCCUGCCCACACCCCACCCUGAACCCCUACAGGACUGCAGGGUUGCUCCACAGAAUACAACUUCAGUGAAAGAACGUCUGGGCUUCUCUAAACCAGCUGGUCUUGGAGGAAAGGUCUUUUCCACAUCCACCGGCCUUACUAAGACGGUUUAUAAUCCAGCAGCAUUGAAAGCAGGUCAGAAGGGGUUACAAUUCAGUACAGCUGUCAGCCAAGAGGAUGCCUUGAAGAGGAAACAGGAGGCGCUGAAGCUUCAGCAUGAUGUCAGGAAAAAGAAACAGGAGAUUUUGGAGAAGCACAUUCAGACGCAGAAGUUGCUCAUAUGUAAGCUGGAGAAGAACAAGUCCAUGAAGGCAGAGGAUAAAGCUCAGAUCAUGCAGACACUCACCACACUCACCAACAGCAUCAGCAAACUACAGGGGGAGAUCAAAGGACUGUCCUGUAACAAUGCACUCAAGAGCACGCCCAAGAGCAAAGCCCAAGCUCAGAAGGAGCUCCUGGACACUGAGUUGGACCUCUAUAAGAAAAUACAGGCAGGAGAGGACACUGCUGAACUCAAGAUCAAAUGCACUCAGCUACAGUUAGAGGCUGCCAAAAGGGGGCUCCUGACUCCAGGCCGUGGGAGGGGGGCCCACGCCAGGGGUCGGGGGGCCCUGAGGAGCCGGGGCCGGGGUAUUCGGGGGCGUGGGAGAGGAGCUCCAGCUCAUGCUGUGGUGGACCAUCGACCCAGAGGUUUAGAGAUCAGUGGCUUCAGUGAGGCCGAUCGAGUCGACCUGCUGCCUCACUUUGCACAAUUCGGAGAGAUUGAAGAUUGCCAGAUGGAGGAUUCUAGACUAAGUGCCAUCAUUAUGUACAAAAGUCGCGCUGAGGCAGAACAGGCAGCAAUUCAUGGUGUCCGGUUAAAUAAUCAAGAACUCCGUUUGGCCUGGCACAAACCUGCGCUCUCCCUCAACACUACAGACCCAGAUGAGGCCGAACCUGAGGAUGAGGAGUUUGCCGAUGAUUCCCUCGUGGACGAUUCUCUGCUGCAGGACGAUGACGAGGAGGAAGAAGAUAACGAGUCGCGCUCAUGGCGCAGAUGAAGACAAAGUCUUCUCUCCAUUCCAGCGGCACUGCAUCCCAUAACCCGAGCAAGAGCAUCUGAUCUGCAGUUCUGUGUUUUGGAAAAUGUUGUUUUUAAUAAAAUUUCAUUGGAUAUUUUAUUUUACUUAGAAACCCUGAGCAGUAAAUGGAGUAAAGCUCCUAUCAAAAGACUGUAAAUGUACAAGAUUGAGAUGUAAAAUAACAUGAACGAUUUGUUUUUUUGCCCUCAUCUAUUGUUUUGUAUUGUCGAAACAUGGACUAACUUUUGCCUGCUGCAUUUGUUUUUUAUUGGUCAAAUAUGCUGUCCCAGAUUUCUUUUCAACUCUUCUGAAAAUGUUAGACUGAUAGUUUAAGACAAAAAUAUGAGGAUUUUUUUCCAAUUCAAAGAUCACUGCAGAGCAUUCUUGAGACAUUGUUAUGACAACAUAAUGAACGCUUUCCUUAGUAUAAUCAGCCUGAUGAGGAAGAUGCUUUUGUGUACAUAUUUUAUGUAUGAAUUUUAAUGGUUUGUAAGAAUUCUUUGCUUCUGAAUUACUCUGCUGGGUUUUGUUUUGAAAUGUAAAAAAUAAUUAAAAUAAAGAAUUGAAAUGGUCUAGAAAAAAAUAUCAGCUGAUGGGAAGAAAAAAAGAGAAAAAAAAAGAGAAAAAUAUUUUGCUGCAUUAGCAGUUUUAAGGAGAAAAAUAUCUAUACAGCUGAAUAGAGACCAUUUCAAAAUCCCCAAACCCCAA